CUCACUCUCUUAUGAGUCGAUCUUGAUUCGUCUGCGAUUCGAUCUUCAAUCGCACUGAAGUCAUCUCAUUUUUUUAUUAAUUUCAUUUUUUACGAUCUUUUUUUUGUUCGUUUUCUUAGUGAAAAUUUAGAUUAGUUUUUGUGAAUUUCGAUUUUUGAUUUUUCCUGAAUAUUUUUAGAGGAUUUUAACGGAUAGUGGAGAGUGGUGACUGUUUUGUAAGCUGCUGUUUGGCUGCUGAGAAGUUACCAUGGAAAAAUGUGGAGACCGCUCUUUCGAUUAGCUCAACUGAACUGACCUGAAUAGUAGUGCUAUAAUCACUUUACCAUCUUCUCAAAUCAGGAUUUUGUCUACUUAAACUCAAGACGUUGAAAGGCUGCUUCUCAAUAAGGAAUGAUUUUUUGCAUGGGCUAUUGACACUUAUGCAAUGUCGGGGUUAAUUAAUUCUUCUAUCAAUGGAUCAGCAUCGAACCUUCCAGACAGUAGCGGACGAUCUUUUGCAACAUCUUUCUCUGGUCAGUCUGGCACUAUUCAGGGCCUGCAUGGUAUUCAUGGUAGCUUUAAUGUUCCCAACAUGCCUGGUACUCUCACAUCAAGAAACUCAACAUUAAGUAAUGUUCCAACUGGUGGGGUUCAACAACCUACUGGGAGCCUUUCUGGUGGAAGAUUUGCAUCAAAUAAUCUACCUGUUGCUCUUUCUCAGUUAUCUCAUGGCAGCUCCCAUGGACAUUCUGGAGUAACCAAUAGAGGAGGUAUUAGUGUUGUAGGAAACCCUGGAUUUAGUAGUAACACAAAUGGAGUUGGUGGUUCUAUACCUGGGAUUCUCCCAGCCUCUGCUGCAAUUGGUAACCGCAAUGCUGUUCCAGGAUUGGGAAUGUCCCCAAUUUUGGGAAAUGCGGGUCCUAGGAUAACGAGUUCUAUGGGAAACAUGGUCGGUGGGGGCAACAUCGGUAGGAGCAUAAGCUCUGGUGGAGGAUUAUCUGUACCUGGUCUUGCAUCUCGUCUGAAUUUAAGUGCCAAUAAUGGAUCUGGAAGUUUAAGUGUGCAGGGACAGAAUAGGUUGAUUAGUAGUGUGCUUCCUCAAGGAUCUUCUCAGGUAAUUUCAAUGUUGGGCAGUUCUUAUCCUACUGCUGGGGGUCCACUUUCCCAGAGCCAUGUUCAAGCUGUGAACAAUCUUAGCUCUAUGGGAAUGUUGAAUGAUGUGAACUCAAAUGACAAUUCCCCUUUUGACAUAAAUAAUGAUUUCCCUCAGUUGACAAGUCGUCCUAGUUCUGCUGGAGGACCUCAAGGACAAUUGGGUUCACUACGAAAACAAGGUCUUAGUCCCAUUGUUCAACAAAAUCAAGAGUUCAGCAUUCAAAAUGAAGAUUUCCCUGCUUUACCAGGAUUUAAAGGUGGUAAUGCUGAUUAUGCAAUGGAUUUGCACCAGAAAGAACAACUUCAUGACAAUACUAUGUCAAUGAUGCAAUCUCAGCACUUCUCUAUGGGGAGAUCUGCAGGAUUUAACUUGGUUGGAUCCUAUUCAUCUCAUCGCCCACAACAGCAACAGCAGCAUGCUCCUUCAGCCAGUAGUAGUGGGGUCUCCUUUUCAUCUGUAAACAACCAAGAUCUCCUCCAUUUACAUGGAUCAGAUAUCUUCCCAUCCUCACAUUCGAGCUACCACUCACAGACCAGCGGACCACCUGGGAUUGGACUAAGACCUCUAAAUUCCUCAAAUACGGUUUCUGGUAUGGGUUAUGACCAGCUCAUCCAGCAAUAUCAGCAGCAUCAAAACCAUCCUCAGUUUCGUCUGCAACAGAUAUCAGCUGUCAAUCAGUCAUUUAGGGAACCAGGCAUGAAAUCAAUGCAGGCUGCACAGUCGAAUACAGACCCAUUUGGAUUACUUGGUUUGCAAAGUGUAAUAAGGAUGAGUAAUCCUGAUCUGACUUCCCUUGCUCUUGGAAUUGAUUUGACAACACUUGGGUUAAAUUUGAAUUCAUCAGAAAAUCUUCACAAGACUUUCGGCUCUCCAUGGUCUGAUGAAUCGGCUAAGGGUGACCCAGAGUUCACUGUGCCACAAUGUUAUUAUGCUAAGCAACCACCUGCUUUACAUCAAGGUUAUUUUUCGAAGUUUACAGUUGACACAUUGUUCUAUAUAUUUUACAGCAUGCCAAAAGACGAAGCUCAAUUAUAUGCUGCAAAUGAACUUUGUAAUAGAGGCUGGUUUUACCACAAGGAGCACCGAUUGUGGUUCAUAAGGGUUCCCAAUGUUGAGCCACUAGUUAAGACAAGCACAUAUGAGAGGGGUUCUUAUCACUGUUUUGAUCCGAACUCAUUUGAAACAAUCCGCAAGGAUAAUUUUGUUGUCCAUUACGAGUUGUUGGAAAAGAGACCAGCUUUACCUCAACAUUAACAAGUUUCUUCUCAUUUACAAUGUAAAGCUCAAGUAUGUAACUCAUUCAUUAGAACAUCAGUUUGCAGCAUUAGUGUUUUUCGGAUUUAGCAAUUUUCAGCAUCUCUAUUAAUCUUUUUUGUUUUUUCAAUAAGUAGCCAUUGAGCCACUUUUCUCAUCUAUAGCAAUUUGAAGAUGGUGACUCUGUCAUUCUAGCCAGCCAUUCAAGCCUACCUUUCACCUAACAGACCAAAUAGGGAAAAAAACAAAAAUAUAACUGUAAUAACAGAUCUUCCUCCAUUUUCCCAAUUUUACUAAAGUAAAUACUAGGAAAAUAAAGCUGUCAUAGUCCCAAAGCGAGGCUCCAAGGCAGAUGCCACCAACUCAAAAGCCAAAAUGUAACUGUGCAGCCAGCUUAGCUAAUGCAAUUUGACUGCAUUCCAGCCGCCUCUCAUUCAUUUCUUCAGCUACGGAAUCCCAAAAGAUUGUGAUAUUAUUUCUCCUUGAAUUGAGAUAAGCUCUGGAGCCUCUGAAACUAUAUGUCGAGUGUCACAAAUCAUAUUAACUUGUAAAGUAUUAUUUAUUUUAAUUUUAUUAGAUAUCACGAAUAUGUCACAAUUUAAGUGUCACAAUUUAAAGGUGGUGUAAACUUUUAUAUUUCAAGAUUAAUUUUAAUAUAAAGCUGAGUUUAUUGUUUUU